UCGUCUGUCAAUUGAUCGUGCUGUCAAAAUUAGAGUGAACGAUUUUCCUCGCCAGCUGCAAAAUCAAAAUAAUCUUCCUUCGGAGCAGAAAUGGCUUGUCGGAUGCUUGUUUCAUCGUGCCGUUUGCUCGGCUCGGCUGGCACUCGAAGCAUCGCCACCCAAGCUCUGGGUGCACGCUGUACCGCUAUCAAGGAUGAAAUUACUCACACUGGACAGUUCUACGACGAGAAGGAUUACCGAAAUGCCCGGUUUGUGGAUGCAACCAAGGUGGUGAACGAGAAUUGGGCCAUCAAAUUGAUCGAUGAGACACCUAUCAUCCAAACCGAUAAAAGGGUUGUGUAUUGCGAUGGUGGCACUGAACCGGCGCUUGGACAUCCGAAAGUUUAUAUUAAUCUAGAUAAGCCAGGAGCACAUGCUUGCGGUUACUGUGGACUGCGAUUCCAGAAGAUAGACCAUCAUCAUUGAAGCAACAGCUAGUGGCAUAUUAGCUUCAGGGCAAAUGCGGAUGACCGUCCUUACACAUUUGUCCACGAAUAAAUAAUUGAAAUAUAGAUAUUGUUUGAACCUUA